UGAGUGAAACUGAAACCUCAAAAAGUCAUCCAACGUAGCAAACACCAAAAAACAGAAACACACAGCAAUGGCCACUUCCUGUUCACUCAUCUCCACAUUCUUCCAUUUUUCAUCAUCACUUUCUCGCUUCACAAACACCAAACCCCAUUCUCAUUCUUCUCCUUCUCUUCUUCACCUUCCCAGACCCCUCCAUCAACCCACCACCCUCUUCUUCCUGCGCCCUCAACAACCUUCUCCAUCUCCCUCUUCAAAACCAACAACAACAACAACAACCCUUCUUCCAAAACUCUCGUUUUCUUCUUCUUCAUGUACUUUUUUGGAUUCCUGCUUCCUCUUCUGCACGUCGGUGGCGCUCUCUCUCACACUCUUCCUCACCGGUGCUGACUCAGCAUCUGCUUUCGUUGUAACCACCCCAAGGAAGCUCCAAUCUGAUGAACUCGCCACCGUUCGCCUCUUCCAAGAGAACACUCCUUCUGUUGUCUACAUCACCAACCUUGCUGUCAAGCAGGAUGCAUUUACCUUGGAUGUGUUGGAGGUUCCGCAAGGUUCCGGUUCUGGAUUUAUUUGGGAUAAGGAUGGUCAUGUUGUGACCAAUUACCAUGUUAUCCGGGGUGCUUCUGAUCUCAGGGUCACUCUUGCUGACCAGUCAACUUAUGAUGCCAAAAUUGUUGGAUUUGACCAAGACAAGGAUGUCGCUGUGUUGCGUGUUGAGGCACCCAAAGAAAAACUCAGGCCUAUACCUAUUGGGAUUUCUGCUGACUUGCUCGUUGGUCAGAAAGUGUUUGCUAUUGGGAACCCGUUUGGACUUGACCACACUCUUACAACUGGUGUCAUCAGUGGACUUCGGCGAGAAAUUAGUUCUGCGGCAACCGGCCGUCCAAUUCAAGAUGUUAUACAGACAGAUGCAGCUAUUAAUCCUGGUAACAGUGGAGGGCCACUGUUAGAUAGUGCUGGAAAUCUCAUCGGUAUAAAUACAGCAAUUUAUUCCCCCUCCGGUGCUUCCUCUGGUGUUGGAUUUUCUAUUCCAGUGGACACUGUGAAUGGAAUUGUUGAACAAUUGGUGAAGUUUGGGAAGGUUACAAGACCUAUUUUAGGAAUCAAGUUUGCGCCUGAUCAGUCUGUGGAGCAGUUGGGAGUUAGUGGGGUGCUUGUCUUAGAUGCUCCUGCCAAUGGUCCAGCUGGGAAAGCAGGUUUGCAGUCAACAAAGCGCGAUUCCUAUGGUAGACUUAUUUUAGGUGACAUCAUCACAUCUGUGAAUGGUAAGAAGGUGACCAAUGGAAGUGAUUUGUACCGAAUUCUUGACCAGUGUAAAGUGGGAGAUAAGGUGAUUGUGGAAGUGUUGCGAGGUGAUCACAAGGAGAAGAUCCCUGUGAUUCUUGAGCCAAAGCCUGAUGAAUCAUGAUACACAAUUCAUAUUACAUGUGUAUAUAACAUUCAUAUGCCAACGAAGCUAUUAUUAGUUAAUGCUUUUAUUCUUAGGUUGUUUCUUGACCAGAGGUUUAAAAUGUACAUAUGUACCAUGGCACUAGCUUCUCACUAUCCUUGUAACUUGUUUCUUUAUUAAACUUUGUAUUAUAAUUCGCCA